UGGGUGGGUGGCGGCGGCGGCGUGGCGAGAGGUGGUGGUGGUGGCGUUGGUUGAGAGUGAGUGGCGUGAGUCAGUGUGGAUGUGACCCUCGUGGUGUGUGGAGGUCUGUCAGCGCGCUCUCUGCCGCCACCUGCUGCUCCCACUGCUGUUACCGCCGCUGCCACCGCCGUAGCUGCACCACCAUCACGCGCUCACACAACUCUCUCCUUCGCCUCCUGCCUUGGAAUACACACGUGGAGGAAAGUCGUGCACACAGAUCAGCGGAGUGCUCUCGUUUUCUCAGAUUUACUGAGUGAGGACUUAGCGUGUCGGACGCCCACCUCCUACUGCUGGAGUUGUACCUCGACCUCGCGGGUGUUGGAGGGUCAGUGAUUGGUUACUAGUGAUUUCCUUUGAAGGGCGAGUGCCAGGUAAUACCAUGGCGGAGAGUGUCUGAAGGAGUGCGGGCCGCCAGUUCUGCUCCUCCCGCUGCUCCAGGCUCACGCACUUGUUGCUCCGAGUGUGUGGUGCCCAAGGAAGACCUGAGCCGCAAUCAUGGUGCUGCAGAACCCACGCCACGCCUCCUCGGAGAUCCUGGAGUACGAUGAGGCGCCCCUUGAUCUCAGCAUCUCUAACCGAACCCGGUGCCCCUCCCCGCCCCGGAGCCCCGACUACUAUCGGGAGUCCCUCAGCCCUGACUAUCAGGACUACCGGGACACCAGCAGCCCUCAUGACUCCGACGACUCGGACUCUCAGCGGGCGUCCCACAACUCAGCAAAAGCGUACAAAAAGGCCAUGAUGAGAAGAUACCUGAGUAAUGACGGUGGACGUGUCGUGCCUCCCCACCACCACCACCACCAUCACCACAACGAGUCCAGCCUUCACCACCACCACCACCACCACCUCAAUGGCGGAGUGGACAGGUCGAGGGAUCAGAUGCUUCAAGACCUCCUCUCCCCUACCCACGGGAUGCCGGCCCUUCACAGUGACCCCAACGGCCCCCCUCCCUCCUCCACUGCCUCCGCCACCACCGUCUCCAGUAACAUGUACAGCAACUACCCGCCUCACCCCGCUGCCCACGCUGGCCACCGCACAGCCUACUCGGCCACGCAACCCAACACGUCUGUGGGUGGGUCGCUGCCUCCCUCCCCGGCGGACUCAGGCGUGUCCGACGUGGACUCCUCGAGCGGCCACGCCAGCAAUGACGAGUCCAAGACCAGACUACACCUCACAGUGUGUGGGUCGCGGACGCCGGAAUCUCCUACGUCAGGCAUGGAGGCGGGCGGUCCUCUCCCACCCUUCCACCCGAAAUACUCGCCCCAGCCUCUCCACAUGCAGUCACCGUCUCUCCCGCCCCACACGCCCACCUUCCCUCGGCCUCAAGAUUCCCAGGUGAUGGGCUAUGGCGGCCUUGGUAUGUCUGGGUACAUGGACACCGGGUCUCCAGGAGAUGUUGGUGCGGGGGCUUACGGCGUCACCUCCCCACACUACCCUGGCCACCCGUCAGGUCUCGCCUCCCCCCUCCUGGGCCCCUCGUCUUCAUCACACCUCACUCAUAUGUUGUCAUCGUGCAUGGGAGCGGCGCCGUCCACAGCUUCUCCCUCCUCCUCCUCUUCAGCUGAAGACUUCUUCCUGGGUGACAUGGGCUUCCCUCCCAGGAUGAAGAAGAAGGGACGCAAACCCAAGCCACCUGACGCUAACGGCCAACAGCAGCCUGGCAUGAAGAGGAAAAGUAGAGAAGGCUCAACAACCUACCUAUGGGAGUUCCUGCUGAAGUUGUUGCAAGACAAGGAGUGCUGCCCCAAGUACAUCAAGUGGACCAACAGGGAGAAGGGAGUGUUCAAGCUGGUCGAUUCCAAGGCUGUGUCCCGGUUGUGGGGGCUGCACAAGAACAAGCCGGACAUGAACUACGAAACCAUGGGCCGCGCCUUAAGAUACUACUACCAGCGCGGCAUCCUGGCCAAGGUGGACGGCCAGCGCCUCGUGUACCAGUUUGUUGAUGUUCCAAAGGACAUCAUUGAAAUCGACUGUACAGGAGCAUAAGGGCAUUGUGGACCACCCUCUGCUCUAUACUUCUAGGCAAACAGAGGAUGUACAACAGCUACAAGAGUGAGAGGCCUCGGCCUUGUCCAGUGCAAGUCUCCUGGAGAACAAUCGUAGUGUAGGUCCUCGUGACUCACUGGCAGGCAGCUGUCUGACACCAGUAGUGCUGGCGGGAAGUCCUGCCAUACAACAAAACACAUUUUUUUUUCAACAAUAACUUGAUAUUUUCAAGAAUCUGUAAAAUAAUAGUAAUAUCUUAAAAGGAACUCUAUCCUGAGACUCCUCUUCAUUUCAUUUUGUAUAUAUUGCCUCCAAUUUCAGUGUAAUGACUAUCACUCACUUUGAGUCUGUAAAUAGAGUAUAAAUAAGAAUAAGGACAAUUAUUUUAUUACAUGCGCCUCUAGAUGAAGUGGCAAAACUCUGUGUCGAACACUGUGAGGCCCAACCUCCUCUUACCCCAUCCAGAAUGUGAUACUCAGCAGCCCUGGAUGCUGACCUAGGCUUGCGGGCUGCACCGUGCAGGCUGUAGUGAACAAUCUUCAGUCAUGCCUCUCUCUGAGACAUUUCCUGAGCCUGCUGGACUAAGGCCUUUCAGAGCCACUUAACCUUGCUAGGGCAUCAUGGUUACCUGUACCCUGAUAGGUAGCCUGAACUGGGACAUGUUUGCAAUGGAAUCACAAAGAAAUGUACAGUUAAUUUAAAUAGUUCUUAAGUGAUAGUAAUAUGCAGGGGCUCAUACCAUCCGGUCAAACUGUCCAGCCAAGCCAGGUGGUGUCUCAGGGCUCGUGGUCUGAGUCCUUAAGUCAGUCCGUAGGUCCCCAGUGUCCUGUUAGUGGCUCAAUCGAGUUUAGUUCAUGUAAGUUGCAGACUUUUCUCGGGAGGAUACUAGCGGACAGUGCCUUGCAGCUUUGCCAGUCCGUAAUGAGCCGCUUCUUUACAAAACACAGCUAAUGCCAUUACAUCCCAAAAUCUGACAUAUUAGUGAUUGGCCUUAUACCUCACCUGAUGUGUGGGUGACUCUUGUGAUAUCAAAGUGUUGUGCAAAAGUAAACAUAACUUAUCUGGACAUAGGAAGGGAAAUAGUCCAUGAUAAUUGGUGCUCAAUUUGAAGCUGUUUCACUGCUUUGUAAGAGAAAAGAAAGCCAUAUCAUAUAUUUUGAAUAUAUUUAAUACUUUAAAAUUUGUACUCUAUUUUUCAAUCAAUUGAGAAGUUGUUCGAUAUGUAGCUGAUGCUUGCUCUUAAUGUGUGACAAAACAGGCGAGAGGUCUUGAACAUGGGAUCUGGAAAGGUGACCGCAGCGGUGCAGAUCAAACUACAGGACUCACGGGCCCCCUCUGUAACAUAGACUCUCUUUAGGACUAUUUAUUUAUUGAAUACUUAAUAUUUUACAAGUUGUUAAAUUGUUAUAUAAGUUGAAUGUUUUGAUAUGAGAAUGGGAAACCACUAAGGUGUACUGUAAGUUCAUUUGUGGUGUUGUGUUUCUAAAUGUAUUAAUAUUCACCAGCUAUGUUCUGUCUAUUAACAGCGGACCAACCUAUUUUUUGUCCUAAAUUGUCAUUUUUAUGGAAUAGGUUUACAUAUCAUAUUGGUUGUACGUUAAAUCAUUCCUUUUUGUAGAAACCCAUUUUGAGUGAAUUGUUCUCCUGCCCCCUGACUCGAGAAGUAAGAGACCAUAAGAUGUCCUACAGAACCUAUCUAACAAGAUCCCAUCCUUCCUACACAAAGAUGUUACAAGGCUGUCAUUCUUUUCAAUACUUAGAUGAUAGCACAGCAUCAUCUUUUCACUCGAGAUACUCACUCAUCUGGAGGUCUGGAGCACUUCCUGUGUCUUUGCCUUCUCAUUCAUCUCUCCUCUGAACCCCCUCAGCCACUCCUUCCCCAAGGUUCUCACAGUGCUGCUCUGCUCACAUGCUCUUCCAUGGGGUGUCAGUGAUCUUUUCUCUCUUGCUUUUCCUACUUUGUGGGCCAUGAAAGUCCUUGCCCCACCAAUGAUCCCUGGCCACCUGGCCCUCCAGCAUCUCCUUGGCUCAUUAGCCAGUGUGGAGCAAUGUAUUGUCCGUGUGAAGGUCCUGGUGUACCCUUGAGAGUUGGCUUCUGUAAGUACAAAGUGUGGCGGUGGCUCGUGGCACCCACGGCUGUCUCUUGUCCUCACCCUCUGACUUCUUAACAGGUUUUCUGACUGGCUACACAAUUUUUCUAGCCAAUUGGAACACAUGUUGUAUUAGUAAUCAUAUUGUUUUGGGAGACAUAUUGCCAUGUAAUGAUUGGCAAAUGCCCUGGAUCAUGUUGCCUUAAGGCAAGUGACACCUCAGGGUAGGAGGGAGGAGCCUCCCCAGCAACCGGUGGCCCGGGCUGCGGGGAGGGUGCCUCGGCCCCGCUGCUGUACAGUCGUGUUGACGGCCUUGACUAAGGUCGGCAGCUUUUUAAGUGUUCUCACUACACAUUGUAUCAACACUACCAUUUCUAAGGUGUAAAAUAAAGCAAUGGAUAUA